AUUCCAUCACGUGGUUUGGAUUUGUAUCCAUGUAGCUUCCAUGAAGAUGCCGUCUACUAACAUUGUUAUAACUGACGUUAUCCUGGAACCGCCGUCGCCUCAGAAGUUCAGAAGUGGAUCCCCAAGCAAACGAUCCAGAUGGCUGAAAAAGGAAAAAUCGCGAGAAGAGAAACCGGUGUCCUAUCGUAUACAGAAAGUAUUCAAUAUUCUGGAGAGACAGGGCCUGGCUAUGCCGAUGGACGUGAGAUGCCAGAAUGAUGUAAAUUAUCAAAUCUACAGAUCCCUGUCCACCCUUGGUAUCGAGGAGGUCCUAUAUCCUCUUCCACGGGACAAUUCGUUACAAGAACUCCAUACCAUUCCUCUUCAUCACUUCUGGAGUGAAGAGAGUGCGCAUGACCUAUAUAGAGAAAAUCUUACUUCCGGUGAAAGAGUUGACCCGAAACCACAUGAACGACGACGUUCCACAACACAGAAGAGAAGCAAUAUUCGCGAUGAAAUGUCAAAAUCUCUGGACGUUGGAUGCAGACGAUCUAAAAGGGAUGUAGGUCCCGGAAAAGGAAACAUUGCGAGACGGAGACAGAAGGCUUGUGUGGAAAGGCGGUGUGUCAGGAUACCUGAUCAAUGGAACGAUCGCUGUAUUCUCCCGGGUAACGUUCCACGUUAUAACCUUAUCCGGGAAGCACAGGAAUACUACAAGGAGGCAGACAAUCAAAAUGGAAGAACAUUUAAGACGGUUUCUAUAGCAGAUAACUAUGACACCACGGAAAUAUCAGGUUUGGAUUCGUGUUUACCUCUAUCUUGGAAGGUCGACAAAAGGAUCGAAAUAUUGCUUAGCAAGCAAGAACUGUCUUUGCCAAUUCAAGUUCUGCCAGAGACGCCGCGAUCAAAGAUGACGUCCAACCCAAAGUACACACGUCACGAGAAAGAGUCAUACUAUGUUGUCGGAAGUCAAGAGCAGAUAGCUGCACGUGAUAUCGAUAUGCAAUCGGAGGUAUACAAUAAUCUUAAACAUUUGAAAAGAGACCAAAACAGGCUACAGAAGCCGCAAAAAGACUCCAUCGAAUGUCUAGUUGAUGACGCGCGUUUGUCCAGAAAUGCACGACUUAGUGAGAAGGCGUUCCAGCUGGACAUUGACCACGUCCACGAUGUUGUAUCCGAUGAUGAUAGCAAAUUGCUAGUUGAAAAACGUUGCAGUGAGGCAAAGGGAAACACCGCACUGGAUGAAAAUCAAACAGAAAAGAUAACGGAUCAAAGCCAUCAUAAAAACAAAGAUCUGAUUGAGUCGGACAUGGUGACGUUAGUCGAGGAGCUACAGACAGACGUUUGUCUUGAGCAGGCCAGUGUUUUGGAGGAGCGUUCCUCUGCUUGUAGUAGCAGAUCAGCAGAGGAUUUCUGUGAAAUUUCGACCGGAAGGAGAGUGUCUUGGGCCUCUGAUUUAGAAAGAGACACCCGCGGCUCACACUCUCGUAAUUCCAUUUCGAGGUCUUCUAGGGAUAAGGCGAAGAUAAAGCGAAGCAGUAGAAAACAAACCCCGGUGAUUAUGUACUCGGAAUCUGAAUGUUCAUUGCUUUGUCAAAAAUAUAUCAAUUAAAACGUCCUAAUGAUCUGAAUAUAAACAACCUCGUUACUGGUUUAUUUCUAACAACACGCAUUUGCGGGGUACAUGGCCGACAGAUAGACAGAAAUUCUUUAUUUCCUCUUUUACAAGAGAUUAUGUCAAUCAAACAUUCUAAAUGUUACAUUUCAAUUUAAAUUGAUAUAAGAAUAUCAGUAUAAGUGUGUACAUGUAUAAAGUUCAUCUAACAUGAAAAUU